AGAGACAGGGCUGUUUGGAAAUAACGGACAUGGUCAGAUAGAGAGCUGUCCAGCUUUUUCACGUUCUCUCAGAGCACUUUCGAGAGCACCCACUAGAGUCAGUAUGAGUUGUAUCCCUGACUAAUGGAGUGAUAAGUCCAGGUAUACUGACCUCCAUGCUGACCUGACCAGUCAGUUUUGUGAGAGGAGGAUAGGACCGGUCAAGCUUCAAUGUUGAUCAGAGUCACCAGGAAAGCGUAGCCAAGCCAGGACAAAGGGACAGCGGGAACCAGGACCAAGCGACUGACGACAUGAGUGAAGCAUGCUCUGAGGAGGAACGGUCCGAAGAGCAAUCUGAGGAGCAGCUGGUCAGCAGGCUUCCGGUCAUCCAACUCAAGCCCAGGUCGCCAGGCAUAUCCCCUAAAAUCUCCCCACGCGACUCCCCCCGUGGGUCACCCCGAAACUCCCCGAUGCUCUUCAGGAAGCUGCUGAUGAACCGGAGCAUCAGUCUACAGAGGCGCUACACUUUGGCCUACACUCCCAGUUUUGAUGCUGAGAAUGGCUUGUCGGUGGGGCGCAGCCCCCUGGACCCGCCGGCCAGUCCCGGCUCCGGCCUGGUGCUCCAGGCCAACUACCACAGCCAGCGCCGUGAGUCCUUCCUCUACCGCUCCGACUCAGACUUUGACCUCUCACCCAAGGCCCCCUCGAGGAACUCGUCCACUGCCAGUGAUCUACAUGGAGAAGACAUGAUUGUGACACCAUUUGCACAGGUACUUGCCAGUUUGAGGACGGUAAGAAGCAACUUCGCCGUUUUGACCCAUCAGCAAGAUCGUCAACCCAGCAAUCAGGGAGAGGUUGAAAAUCCAUCCUCUUCGGCGCAUCUCAAACCGACAGAGGAGCCGUUUCAGCAGCUGGCCGUGGAGACUCUGGACGAGCUGGACUGGUGUCUGGAGCAGCUGGAUACUCUGAAGACACGCCACUCCGUCAGCGAGAUGGCCUCCAAUAAGUUCAAGAGGAUGCUGAACAGAGAGCUCACUCAGCUAUCAGAGACCAGCAGAUCAGGGAACCAGGUGUCAGAGUUCAUCUCCAGCACCUUCCUAGAAAAGCAACAUGACAUGGAGAUCAUGUCUCCAAACAUCAAGGAGAAGAAGGAGAAAACGGACAAGAAGAAGCGUCCCAUGUCCCAGAUCGUGGGGGUGAAGAAGCCCAGAAUCAUCCCUAGUGUAGCCCCCUCCAGCAUCCCCCGCUUCGGGGUCGCUUCCACUCAGGAGGGCUUUCUCGCCAAGCAGUUGGAAGAUAUAAACCGAUGGGGUGUGGAUAUUUUCAAAAUAUCUGAAUAUUCUGGGAAUCGUCCGCUGACGGUGGCGAUUUAUUCAAUUUUCCAGGAGCGAGAGCUGCUGAAGUCCUUCAAGAUCCCUGCAGACACCUUCAUCACCUUCAUGAUGACCCUGGAGGACCACUACCACCACGAUGUGGCCUACCACAACAACAUCCACGCUGCAGACGUGGUCCAGUCCACCCACGUCCUCCUCUCUACCCCUGCCUUGGAGGCGGUGUUCACUGACUUGGAGAUCCUAGCUGCUCUGUUUGCCAGUGCUAUACAUGAUGUGGACCACCCGGGGGUAUCUAACCAAUUCCUCAUCAACACCAACUCCGAGCUGGCCCUGAUGUACAACGACGUGUCGGUCCUGGAAAACCACCACCUGGCCGUGGGCUUUAAGCUGCUGCAGGAGGACAACUGUGACAUCUUCCAGAACCUCAGCAAGAAACAGAGGCAGUCCCUACGCAAGAUGGUCAUAGACAUGGUGUUAGCCACAGACAUGUCCAAACACAUGAACCUGCUGGCUGACCUGAAGACUAUGGUGGAGACCAAGAAGGUGACCAGUCUAGGAGUACUUCUACUAGACAACUAUGGAGAUCGUAUCCAGGUCCUCCAGAAUAUGGUUCACUGUGCUGACCUCAGUAACCCCACCAAGCCCCUGGAGGUCUACCGCCAGUGGACUGACCGCAUCAUGGUGGAGUUCUUCACCCAGGGGGACAGGGAGAGGGACAAGGGCAUGGAGAUCAGCCCCAUGUGUGACAAACACAACGCCUCCAUCGAGAAGAACCAGGUGGGCUUCAUAGAUUACAUCGUCCACCCUCUGUGGGAGACGUGGGCAGACCUGGUCCACCCUGAUGCCCAGGACAUCCUAGACACGCUGGAGGACAAUCGCGAGUGGUACCAGAGUAUGAUCCCCCACAGCCCCUCGCCCACACCCGAGGCCCAGGACAAGAUGGGCCUGCCUGGGGGAGCCAUGGGAGCCGGAGGGGGUGGAGGUGGAUCCUCCACAGGAGAUAAGUUCCAGUUUGAGCUGACCCUAGAGGAGGAGGAGGGCGAGUCCGACUCAGAGAGCCCUCCGGCAGAGGAGGAGGGGUACAGUAGCACUGGGAUGGAGCCUUCUAGGACUGACCCGGACAGCAGACUCCAUUCCGUGUCUGCCACUGCUCACCCACACACGCAAGUACUCUCCAAAAUGGCUACCUCUGUCCUCAAUCUUGGUGGAAGGACUUUGUCCACAGACUCUGACCCAGAAAGGGAGGCCACCGAAGACAGAGAACAUGACCAAGAAGGUAACGCCGGUGUGAGGCGCUUCAGGCUAGAUGGCUUCCGCAACAGCCACUUAUGGACAGAAGGAGUCCUCAGACCAGAACUUUGACUACAUGUUCAAGAUCCUGAUCAUUGGCAACAGCAGUGUGGGUAAGACCUCCUUCCUGUUUCGCUACGCAGAUGACUCAUUCACGCCGGCCUUCGUCAGCACG